GGUGCCUUGGAUGAUAUUUUUAUUUUAAAAACCUGAGAGAGAGCAGAAGCAAGAGUAAGCAGCUAAGAUAAAAUGGCAACAGGGUCUGUGAAAGCGGUGGCUCUCAUCACCGGAGGCUCCAAUGUUAGAGGCUCUCUUCAUUUCAUUCAAGAACCAAACGGGGCAACACAUGUGACAGGGAGGAUAGCUGGCUUAUCACCAGGCCUUCAUGGGUUUCAUAUUCAUGCUCUUGGUGAUACCACCAAUGGCUGCAAUUCCACUGGACCUCAUUUCAAUCCAUUAAAGAAGGACCAUGGAGCUCCAUGUGAUAACGAACGUCAUGCUGGAGAUUUGGGGAACAUCAUUGCAGGCUCAGAUGGUGUUGCAGAAGUUUCAAUCAAAGACUUUCAGAUACCACUGAGUGGAAUGCAUUCCAUAUUGGGGAGGGCUGUUGUUGUGCAUGCUGAUCCUGAUGAUCUUGGAAAAGGUGGACAUGAUCUUAGCAAGACAACUGGGAAUGCAGGUGCAAGGGUUGGAUGUGGCAUCAUUGGGCUCAAAUCAUCUGUUUAGGUUUGAUACUUAGUUGAUGGAUUUCUUCAUGCAAGAUGUUCUUUCGGUAAAGACAGAAACAACUAAAAAAAGGAUGUCUUUGUAAGUUUUGCAGGGUGAUCCAAUAUACUUGUUCGAAACUGUAAUCUCCUAAUAACAAAGUCUAUGUAAUAUCUUCGAAUAUUCAAUUUGUCAAUAUAUCAUAAUGGCUUGGAAAGCUUUCCCUGGACACAA